UUCUUUGCGUGCACUGCCAGAUGGCUGAUGCUGACCCUGGGGACAGAAACUAUGACAACAUGUUGAAAAUGCUGUCAGACCUGAAUAAGGACUUGGAAAAGCUCCUGGAAGAGAUGGAGAAAAUCUCAGUGCAGGCGACCUGGAUGGCCUACGACAUGGUGGUGAUACGCACCAACCCCACGCUGGCCGAGUCCAUGCGGCGGCUAGAGGACGCCUUCCUCAACUGCAAGCAGGAGAUGGAGAAGAACUGGCAGGAGCUGCUCCAUGAGACCAAACAGAAGCAGUAGGGCCCAC